AUACGGAAUGACGGCGCCCGGUGGCGGCGGGCUGCCGAGACGCGGCUGAGCCCAGCAUUGGCCAGGCUGCUCGCACUCGGGCCGCGGCGGCAGGAGCGCCCGCGCCGAGGCGGGGGAGAGGCGGCCCGCAGCGUGCGAGCGUCCUCCGGGCCGGGGUCCGAUUUCAUGCAGUUGCCUGUAACAGCUCCUGUUGAGUAAGCUGAGGCUGGAACAUCUUGUAUCAACUGUUGUCCCUGUACCUGCCACGAUGAGAAGUUACAUAAGGACUUUCUGGAUUCCUGUCUAAUUGAUCCAUAUUUCUGAACUUUCCCUUGUACCCUUCACAAACAGACAAAAUGAAGUUGAAGCAUAACAUCAACCCUAUUCUUCUACAGUUUAUAAACUUUAUAAUCUUGGUGUACUCCUUUGUAACGUACAUUCCAUGGUACAUAUUUUCAGGAUCAAGACAGGCUAUAGAAAAAGCCAAGCAGGUUAAAGCUAAACCUGUGAAUAACAGGCCUGGUGGUGCAUACAGAUCUGUUAACAGCCUGCAUUGCUUAGCUUCAGUUUUAUAUCCUGGGUGUGAUACACUUGACAAAGUUUUUAAAUAUGCUAAAACUAAAUUUAAGGACAAAAAGCUCUUGGGAACACGUGAAAUCCUAAAAGAGGAGGAUGAAAUCCAGCCAUCAGGAAAAGUUUUUAAAAAGGUCAUCCUUGGCAAGUACACCUGGCUUUCAUAUGAAGAUGUAUACAUUAAAGCUGUUAAUUUUGGAAAUGGCUUAGCAGUAUUGGGUCAGCAACCAAAGACUAACAUUGCUAUCUUUUGUGAGACUCGAGCUGAGUGGAUGAUUGCAGCACAGGCCUGCUUUAUGUGCAACUACCAGCUUGUUACUCUGUAUGCUACCCUGGGAGGUCCAGCAAUAGUACAUGGGCUAAAUGAAACAGAGGUGACCACCAUCAUUACUAGUAAAGAAUUGAUGCAAACAAAAUUGAAGGAAAUUGUUUCUCAAGUUCCAUUACUGCGACAUAUUAUUACAGUGGAUGGCAAACCAACAACGUGGUCAGAGUUUCCCAAGGGUGUCAUUGUUCACACUAUGGCAUCUGUGCAAGCUAUGGGGGCCAAGGCAGAUACUGGAAACAAGCAGCAGGCUAGGCCUGUGCCCUCGGAUAUCGCAGUGAUCAUGUACACAAGUGGAUCCACAGGAGUUCCCAAAGGGGUUAUGAUCUCCCAUUGCAACAUAAUUGCUGGGAUAACUGGAAUGGCUGAGAGGAUUCCAAAUCUGGGGGAGAAAGAUAUCUACAUUGGCUAUUUGCCUCUUGCCCACGUUCUGGAGCUGAGUGCUGAACUUGUGUGUCUAUCUCAUGGCUGCCGUAUUGGGUACUCUUCUCCUCAGACAUUAGCUGACCAGUCCUCUAAAAUAAAGAAAGGAAGCAAAGGUGAUGUUACUACACUUAAACCAACCCUAAUGGCAGCUGUCCCGGAGAUUAUGGAUCGGAUCUACAAAAAUGUCAUGAAUAAAGUGAAUGAAAUGACGACUUUCCAGCGGAAUCUAUUUAUAUUGGCCUACAACUACAAAAUGGAACAGAUUUCCAAAGGUUACACCACCCCACUCUGUGACAGCCUUAUUUUCCGGAAAGUACGAAUGCUGCUAGGUGGAAAAAUUCGCAUCUUGCUUUGUGGAGGAGCUCCACUCUCUGCAGCAACUCAGCGGUUUAUGAACAUUUGUUUCUGUUGCCCUGUAGGACAGGGGUAUGGACUAACUGAGUCAGCUGGAGCUGGAACAAUCACGGAAGUUUGGGACUACACCACAGGGAGAGUGGGAGCACCUUUGGUCUGUUGUGAAAUCAAGUUACUGAACUGGGAAGAAGGUGGAUAUUACAACACUGAUAAACCAUACCCUAGAGGUGAAAUUCUUAUUGGAGGGCAAAAUGUGACUGUGGGCUACUACAAAAAUGAAGUACGGACCAAAAAAGAUUUCAGUGUUGAUGAGAAUGGGCAGAGGUGGCUCCAUACCGGAGACAUUGGAGAGUUUCAUCAAGAUGGAUGUCUGAAAAUUAUUGAUCGCAAAAAAGAUCUUGUAAAACUCCAGGCAGGAGAAUAUGUUUCUCUUGGUAAAGUAGAAGCAGCUCUAAAGAAUCUUCCACUGGUAGAUAAUAUUUGUGUGUAUGCAAGCAGUUUCCAUUCUUAUGUCAUUGGAUUUGUUGUGCCAAAUCAAAAGGAGCUCAUUGAACUAGCUCGAAAGAAAGGAUUUAAAGGAACUUGGGAAGAGAUUUGUAACAGUCCUGAGAUGGAAAAAGAGGUACUGAAGAUGAUAGCUGAGGCUGCCAUGGCAGCUAACCUGGAGAAGUUUGAAAUACCAGUAAAAAUUCGUUUGAGCCCCGAUUCUUGGACCCCUGAGACUGGUCUAGUGACAGAUGCGUUCAAACUGAAACGCAAAGAGCUCACGGCGUACUAUCAGAUGGACAUUGACCGAAUGUAUGGGAAAAAUGUAAAAUAAUUCCUUUUUGCUGCACCACUUUGCUACGAUGAGCUUGGAUCAAAUAGGAAAUACUUGAAUUGCCUGUCUGAACACUUGAGAUCAACACUCAAACCCACCAUUCCUCAUUUGCGGUUUAAACUGUUCUUUCUGAUAACAUCACCAUGAUGACUGGCAAGUCUAGUAAAAUGUUACGGCAGCAAGCUUGUGUCUGUCUCCUUUUUUCCAGUUUUCUCUGCUACCUUGUCAGUCUGUGGAUUUUCCAGGAACUUUUUGGGAAACCGUGAUCUGAAGCCUCACGUUUUUAAACGUUUAUAAAUCCUGUAUAAUGUUUGAUUUGUAUCUUUAAAAUUUGGAUGUAUAUAGAGAGAACUUGGCUAUAUAAGAUACGGUUAUACUGGGGGCCUUUUUUUACAUAAUUAUUUAAAGAUAAGAAGGUAUCGAUGUUGUGACAUUGAAAAUGCUUGUAAUGAGAUCAAUGUUGAACAGAGGACCAGGUUAUUUGCUGCUGUGCUACUUUUCUGUGUAAAGCUGAGGGAGAAUAUGUUUGGCAUUCUACCUUGUGUAAUACGACUUCAAUAUGUGCCUCAUGGUUACUUUUAUUUUUCUCUGGAAGUGAAAAGAUGGUGGUGGCACAGCUCUGUGUAAAGGUGGGUCCUCCUGCAGGUGUUAUUUCAAGGUUAAUACGAAGAAAUGCUAUUGACACAGCAGAAGUUAAACCGAAAAAUAAUCUCUCAAAUACAGAAGCUUCUUUUAAUAGCUCAUGACCAUUUCAUCUGAUAGUUGAAUUGUGUAGAGCUAGUAAGGACUCUCAGCAUGAAUUCCACAUAACGCUUUGUGAGUUUGAUGGUGUCAUUUUAGCAGAAGAACUGUACCAACUUUUGUCUUUGUUCAUUAGGUUUGGACAUUACACUGCAUUUGCUCUUUUGCUCUUUGUGAAAGUCUGGCAAGACCUCUGUUCUGCCCUAGCUGCAACCCAAAUCUUACGGGGGGGAUUUUUAAAGUCAUAAUGACAGUUAUGUUCUCAGCUCACACAGUGCCUAACUGCCUUUUGUGCCAUUAAAAAUCUCCCUUUAAUUCUAUGUUCUUUUCUUAAGCAUUUUUUUUCUUUGAAAACAGGUAUUUUAAGUAUCUGUCAGCCAGAGUUAUUUAUGUUGCUUGAUUUUGUUCCACCCAGUUCUUACUUUGGGAAGGAGGCUCAGUUUCUGUUUUACUGUGGGGAUGCAGAUGUCGUUUGAAGAACCGUGGAGGAUAUUUUCUCCUUCAGUGAGAGCUUUGAAAUUUGCUUCACAUGUGAAUUUUUUUACUUUCAAAAUAUUUCUAGAAAGAACAUUGUAAUCAGGGUUACCUGAGAAUGUGAAAAGACCUACAUCAGUCAACUUUGUGAUGGAGCAAAUAUUAAAAUGACUUUCAUUUGGA